GCUGACACUCGGUUGGCACUGCUUUGCGAAUGGAUAUCGCUUGUAGUUGGAAACGAAAUCGUAAGCAUUCAAGUAGUGCCCAUCACCUGAUAUAUAAAGGGAAACUUGUUUUAUUUCGCCAAUGUCGACAUUCGACCAGCUCAUCGACGACCUGACACGGGACGCAAACCGUGUGCAGCCCAAUGACGCGCUGCAGUUCUGUGCGAAUUGGUUUCAACAGCGGUUGGAGGAGCAGCGGGCACGGACCCGGGAUGCUCUGUCUCGUCGUUCGCGUGCAUUUUCGCGUGAACUCCCUAGCGAGCUCUAUGUCGACACGGCCUUUGGUGCCCGACAGAACCCAGAAACUGUCUCUCCACUUGAUACAGCGCCCCGCUCGUCGUUCGCUGGCAGGAACAGCACCUCUUACAGCCCAUUUGGCACCCUCAACGUUCCCGGUAAUGCUUUGCUCGCCAACAACCCGCCCGUCGUCCAGUUCAACACGACCCCGACCUCGCCCUUGACGACACCGAUGGUCAACCCCUUCGCACAAUUUGACGAUGGUGGCGGCGUCGCUCAACCCACCAAUCCAGGCGACUACCUACAUCCACCCGUUCCUACCAUCUUUCAACGUCGCACCUCCGUCUCAGCAGAAUCCAUCCCUGUCGACAGCUCCCCAGACGAACCGCUUCCUGUAUUCCCAAAAACUUCUGACCAGCUUCGUCGCAUUAAAGCAUCCAUCGCGAACAACUUUAUUUUCCGCGAUCUUGACGAGGAGCAGGAAACAGGCGUGCUCAAUGCCAUGCAGGAAAAGAAGACGGAGAAAGGCGAGGUGGUUAUACGCCAGGGUGACGUAGGCGACUACUUUUAUGUCGUCGAGUCGGGCCUGCUUGAGUGCUUCAUCCGGUCGGAUCCUUUACCCCCAGCGGGACUUCGCUCCUCAGAAGACAAGUUCCUCCAGCCUGGGUACCACCCUGAGUUUGGGAAAUGUGUAGCAGAGUGCACACCGGGGGCCUCAUUUGGAGAGCUGGCACUGAUGUACGGCCAUCCUCGUGCUGCGACGGUUCUGUCUACUGAGCCUUCUACCUUGUGGGCGCUGGACCGCAUCACCUUCCGGACAAUCAUACUGAAGGCGGCUCAUCGACGACGCACGAUGUAUGAGCACUUUUUAUCAUCUGUGGCCCUCUUGUCAUCUCUAGACGCUGCCGAACGCAGUAAAAUCGCUGAUGCGCUGGUUAGCAGGGUGUAUGGGGACGGAGAGGCCAUUGUCAGGCAAGGAGAGAUGGGAGACACGUUCUUUUUCAUCGAAGAGGGUGAAGCUGUAGUGACAAAGUCGCAGGAAGGUAGCAAUGGCCAAGUUCGCGAGUUUCAAGUGGGGCAUUUGAAGAAGGGAGAUUACUUUGGAGAGUUGUCACUUCUGCACUUGGCUCCUCGCGCUGCGACUGUCAGUGCAAUCGACCGGGGAGAUCACGCUCUUCCAAAGCUCAAGGUGGCGGCUUUGGAUGCGCAGGCUUUCACUCGGCUUCUUGGGCCCCUUCGGGAUCUGAUGGAGCGAAGGGCUGGGGAACAGUAUGGGUCCGGCCCAAGAUUGUCACGCUAGAGUGGUGAUGGUUCAGUAUUGUUUUUUAUCCUCGUUAUUCAUUGUAUCGAAAGUACGUUUUCAAAUUUUGUUUUGCAUGUAGCUAAGUAAAGCUCUGUAUGGCUGCUCGUUCGGAAUGUCUGCUGUCUCUUUAGAAAAUUGAAAUGACUUGUGUCUGAGA